UUAAAAAAUUAUAAAUUAUUAACAAAUUAAUAUCUAUUUCUAAUAUAUCUGAGAUUAUCAGUUAUAUUGGCAGAUUUUAUAUUAUUAGUGCUACCAUCACUUUAAGUUACUAAAUUAUACAGUUAUUACGAUGGACAAGAACGAUAAAUUGCAAAUACUGAAAAAUGCUAUAAAGAGUUACCCCGACUUUCCCGAACCUGGGAUCAUUUUCCGAGAUAUAUUUGGCGUGUUUAAUAAUAUCACAGCAUUACGAGCAAUGAAAGAUUUAAUUAUGGAGCAUAUUUUAUUUCUCGAAGUCGAUUUAGUUGUAGGAUUGGAUUCACGUGGCUUCCUCUUCGGUCCCAUAAUUUCCAUGGAAUUGGAUAAGCCUUUUUUGCCCAUUAGAAAAAAGGGUAAACUUCCAGGCAAAGUCAUCCAACAGAAGUAUACAUUAGAAUAUGGAGAAGCCACAUUUGAAUUACAAACAGAAUUUAUAAAUAAAGGAGCUAGAGUGCUAAUUGUUGAUGAUUUAUUGGCAACUGGAGGUACUAUGGCUGCAGCAGUGCAAUUGAUAAAAUCAACAGGUGCUGAUGUAAUUAAAUGUAUAGUAAUAAUAGAAUUAACUUUGUUGAAAGGUCGAGAUAAGGUCGGUGUUCCUGUUCAUUCUUUCAUUCAAUAUGAUUAUUAGCA